ACAUAACCAAAUCAUCAAGUCCUCACAUUCUCUAGCUACUACAAAAUAUUGUUUUGAAUUACACUAAUACUUCUUCUAAAGAAAAAUCAUACAAAGGAAUAUCAACAUGGCAUUUGGAUUGACUCGUUUUGUUCAGGGUAAGAAGGCUCUUCGAAGAUCGCUUUCAGGCAUCAAAGAAGCAACUUUGAAGUGUUCAACCAUUCCAAAAGGCUACUUUGCAGUGUAUGUUGGAGAAGAUCAGAAGAAGCGUCAUGUAGUACCUCUUUCGUACCUAAAUGAGCCUUCAUUUCAAGACUUGCUUAGUAUGGCAGAAGAAGAAUUUGGAUAUGAACAUCCCAUGGGCGGACUCACAAUUCCAUGCAGAGAAGACAUCUUCAUUGAUAUCACUUCCCAGUUGAAUUGAUAAUUGUAAUAUGUAGCACUGACAUAGGUUUUCACAUAACAAAUUUUGUAAUCAUAUACUUUUACCCUUUUUCUUGGAAAAGAAAGGGAUUUUUUUUUGGCUAGUUGAGAAACUAGUAA